AUGGCAGGACCUGGGAGUUGGAGGGACAAGGAGGUGACAGAUCUCGGCCACUUGCCGGAUCCAACUGGAAUAUUCUCACUAGAGAAAACCAUUGGUCUCGGUACUUAUGGAAGAAUCUAUUUGGGACUCCAUGAAAAGACGGGUUCUUUCGUGGCUAUUAAAGUAAUGAAUGCCCGGAAGACUCCUUUGCCUGAAAUAGGAAAGCGGGUGCGAGUGAACAAAUACCGAAAGUCUGUCGGAUGGAGAUACAGCGAUGAAGAAGAGGAUCUUCGGACUGAACUCAACCUGCUGAGGAAGUACUCUUUCCACAAAAACAUUGUGACCUUCUAUGGUGCAUUCUUCAAGCUGAAUCCUCCUGGCCAUCAGCACCAACUUUGGAUGGUAAUGGAGCUCUGUGCAGCAGGCUCUGUCACUGAUGUAGUGAGGAUGACAAGAAAUCAGAGUUUAAAAGAAGACUGGAUCGCUUACAUCUGUCGAGAAAUCCUUCAGGGCUUAGCUCACCUUCAUGCGCACCAAGUAAUCCACCGGGACAUCAAAGGUCAGAAUGUGCUACUGACCCAGGAUGCUGAAGUCAAGAUAGUGGAUUUUGGAGUGAGUGCCCAAGUGAGCAGAACAAAUGGACGGAGAAAUAGCUUCAUUGGUACACCGUACUGGAUGGCCCCUGAGGUGAUUCAUUGUGAUGAGGACCCAAGACGUUCCUAUGAUUACAGAAGUGAUGUGUGGUCUGUGGGAAUCACUGCUAUUGAAAUGGCCGAAGGCGCUCCUCCUCUGUGUAACCUUCAGCCUCUGGAAGCCCUUUUUGUUAUUCUACGGGAAGCUGCUCCCACAGUCAAAUCCAGUGGAUGGUCCCGUAAGUUCCAGAAUUUCAUGGAAAAUUGCAUGAUAAAAAAUUUCCUAUUUCGUCCUACAUCUGGAAACAUGCUUCAUCACCCAUUUGUCCACGAUAUAAAAAAUGAACGACGUGUUGUGGAAUCAUUGACCAAGCACCUUACUGGGAUCAUCCAAAAGAGAGAGAGAAAAGGAAUACCUCUGGCCUUCGAAGGAGAAGAAGCUGUUAACGAACAAUACAUCACAAGGAGAUUCAGAGGACCUUCUUGCACUCCUGAACUUCUGAGAGUGCCAACCAGCAGCCGAUGCAGACCACUCAGAGUCCUGCAUGGAGAGCCUCCUCAGCCAAGGUGGUUACCUGAUGAAGAACAGCCAGAGGACCAAGAGCUUCAGCAACUGCAGGAGGCAGCCAGGAUGUUCAUGCCUCUACAUUCUCAGGACAAAACACUUAAGCCUUUACAAAAGCAGGCUCAGUUACCACAGCAUCUACAUGUGGCCCCUCAAGUGCUGAUGCCAGUACAGGUUGAAGCAACAGUAGCUACGCCUCUAGCUAAAAAGAUUCGGGCACCUCCCCAACUAAGCAAAGCAGCUCAGGGACUCAUGUCACCACCUAGUCAGGAUAACAAAGCUAGUUCUCCUGAGGUACAGGCCCCCAUACCCAGAGAACAGCAGGCCCAGCAUGACGCCUUAGAAACGGAACAGCCUGAAGAUUUGGACCAGGUGCCAGAAGAAUUUCAGGGGCAAGACAGGGCAGCUGAGGAGCAAAGGCAGGGCCAGGCCGCUGAACAAGAGCAGGGGCAGAACGGAGUCCCUGAGCAGCAUCCAGAGGAGAAUAGGGAACCUGAACAAGCUGAGGUGCAGGAAGAGGCCGUUGAGCCUCCACAAGCUGAGGUUGAGGAGAAGGAUCCUGAGGUAAUACAAGUACAUGCCCGGGUGUUCCUGCCUUUACAGUCCCAGAACCAUCAUGUGUUCUUGCCUCUUCAUCUGGACACACAGCUGCUAAUUCCAGUAGGGGAACAAAAUGAAGAGGCACCUCGGGCACAGGCCUGGGAUCUGGAGGCCUCAAGGGCAGUUGGUGCAGUACAAGCACUGGUAGAGGGACUAUCAAGGGACUUGCUUCGAGCACCAAACGCAUUUACCUCAAAACCACUUGGUCCACUGCAAAUCUUGUUGGAAAGUUUGUGCACCAACGGGUUUUACACUGAACCUGAAGCAGUACAGAAGAAAAAGUCAAGAGUUUCUAGCCUGAAGAAAGCAAUAGUAAAAAGACUAACACCCAAGAGGUUCAGGGCAAAGUCAUUAUGGAGACGUCAAGAUUUUGAAUGCUCAGAUGUAGAAAGCAGCAGGAGACGGCGCCAGCGUAGAUGGGAGGAAAUCUUUAAUCAGCAUGAAGAGCAACUGAGAGAAGUUGAAAAUGAUAGAGACGAUGAUGACUCAUCAGACAAUGAUGAAGUGUUUCAUUCAAUUCAGGCUGAAGUCCAAAUAGAACCAUACGCUCCAAAUCGUACAGGAAAUGAGGUCCAAGAGAGAUCUGCUCCUAUGCCUUGCAACCGGAAUCGUACACAUCGUGUGCAAUUUUCUCCAAGUGUCUGUGAGCAGCCUCUUUUGGAAGACGCUCAGCAGCCGAUGGACAUCAGACCGAGGAACUCCCUAAAUCCUCGGAAUUUUCAAGCAGAAUCAGAGUCAUCUUCUGAGGAGGACAGCCCUGUGACUAGGAGGAAGUCCCAGUCAUCGCCGCCUUAUUCUACUAUUGAUCAGAGGUUACUGAUUGAUAUCCAUGUUCCAGAUGGAUUUAAAGUGGGAAAAAUAUCACCCCCUGUGUACUUGACAAACGAAUGGGUAGGCUGUAACCCACUCUCUGAAGUCUUCUGGGAUGAUUGGGUAAACCCUACACCUGCCACUAGGCGACAUGAAGAAGAUGGUGAUUAUGUUGAACUCUAUGAUGCUGAUGCUAAUGGUGAUGAACGAGCUUCAAAUUAUGCUUAUGAAGGAAACUAUGCCAGUGGCCAUGAUGACAUGAAUCAUCAGGCAAAUGGCUAUAGGAACCAUGCACACUACAAUGAUGGGUCUUUUUCAAACAGAGUUGAUAGUCGUGGUGCUGCUUUCAAUGGGCCAAGGGCAAGUUAUUGCAGAGGGGGAAUCUUGAAGAACGCUGGUAUUGAUGGCCGUGAUCUAAGGCGAGGGGCUUUCAGACCCUAUGGAGACAAUGAAGCCAGCAAUUACCAUGGAGCUGCCAGUGGAGCAAGCGCAGCCUUUGGAAGCCAGGAAGGACAUGAAGGCCACAUGGGCGGUCGACGAGGUAACAGAUACAGGGAAGUCAAUGGAAGCAGCGGAGAGAAUGUAUGUGGAUUCCAUAGAGAUGGGGCAGGACUGGAUCAACAACAUGUAUUCCCAGAUUUUGAAAAUGAACAAGAGCAAUCAGAUGCUGGAUCUGAGACGUCAGAUUCAAUUGCCCUGGAGAUCACAUCCUUUUCCCUCGAUGGUGAACAAAACAAUGAUAGAGCAGAACCAACAUUGGGUUUUCCUCUCAGACGCUCAUCUUCCAGAGGUUCUGCUUCGGAUACUGACAUUAUGAGUGACUCAUAUAACAAUCCAAUAAUCCAUGCGUUUAAAAGGGAAUUCUCGCAUGAAAUCUUCUGUGGUUCUAUGUGGGGAGUCAAUUUGUUGCUGGGCACCAAAUCUCAUCUGUAUCUGAUGGACAGAAGUGGAAAGGCAGAACUCAUUAAACUUGUAAAACGAAGACCAUUCCGCCAGAUUCAAGUCGUGGAGCAGCUCAAUUUGUUGAUUACCAUCUCUGGCCGCAAGAACAGACUUCGCGUGUAUCAUCUGACUUGGCUGAGGAACAAGAUUCUGAAUAAUGAUCCGGAAAGUAAGAAAAGGCAGAAAGCAAUGCUGAAGAAAGAGAAAGCCUGCAAAUCUCUGGAUAAGUUGAUUGGCUGUGAACACUUCAGUAUCCUUCAUCAUGAAGAAACAACAUACAUUGCAAUUGCUUUGAAAUCAUCAAUUCACCUGUAUGCAUGGGCACCAAAAUCCUUCAAUGAAAGCACUGCCAUUAAAGUGUUUCCAACUCAUGAUCUUAAGCCAGUGACAGUUGACCUGGCUGUUGGUUCUGAGAAAACACUGAAGAUUUUCUUCAGCUCAGCUAAUGGAUACCACAUCAUCGAUGCAGAAUCUGAAGUUAUGUCUGAUGUGACCUUGCCAAGUAAUAAUGUCAUCCUUUUACCUGAUUCCUUGGGAGUUGGAGUGAUGCUGUCCUUCAAUGAUGAAACUGCCCCUGAGGAAGCAAAUGAACAGCUUCUCAAGAAGAUCCUUGACGUGUGGAAAGACAUACCGUCUUCUGCCGCUUUUGAGUGUACACAGAGAAUCACUGGAUGGGACCAAAAGGCUGUUGAAGUGCGCUCUCUGCAGGCAACUAUUCUUGAGAAUGAGCUGAAGCGCCGCUCAAUCAAGAAGCUGAGAUUUCUGUGUUCUCGUGGGGACAAGCUGUUCUUUGCUUCUCUACUGAACAAUGAGCACAGCCUGGUUUACUAUGUGAGCAUUGCAAAACUUGAAGCGCUCCAAAGAAGAUAUGCUGUUUAAAAGGUUCCAGUGAUCGG